AUGAUCGCCGCGCAAGCCAAGCUGGUGUACCACCUGAAUAAGUACUACAACGAGAAGUGCCAAGCCCGGAAGGCGGCCAUCGCCAAGACCAUCCGCGAGGUCUGCAAAGUGGUGUCUGAUGUGCUCAAGGAAGUGGAGGUGCAGGAACCCCGCUUCAUCAGCUCGCUCAAUGAGAUGGACAACCGCUAUGAAGGCCUGGAGGUCGUGUCGCCCACUGAGUUCGAGGUGGUCCUCUACCUUAACCAGAUGGGGGUCUUCAACUUCGUGGACGACGGCUCUCUGCCAGGCUGCGCGGUUCUCAAGCUGAGCGACGGGCGCAAGCGGAGCAUGUCGCUGUGGGUGGAGUUCAUCACCGCCUCCGGCUACCUCUCGGCGCGCAAGAUCCGCUCGCGCUUCCAGACACUGGUGGCCCAGGCCGUGGACAAGUGCAGCUACCGGGACGUGGUGAAGAUGGUGGCCGACACCAGCGAAGUGAAACUGCGUAUCCGCGACCGCUACGUGGUGCAGAUCACGCCGGCGUUCAAGUGCACGGGUAUCUGGCCGCGCAGCGCGGCCCACUGGCCGCUGCCGCACAUCCCCUGGCCCGGCCCCAACCGGGUGGCUGAGGUCAAGGCCGAGGGUUUCAAUCUGUUGUCCAAGGAGUGCCACUCACUCGCCGGCAAGCAGAGCUCGGCCGAAAGCGACGCCUGGGUGCUGCAGUUCGCCGAGGCUGAGAACAGACUGCAGAUGGGCGGCUGCCGUAAAAAGUGCCUGUCCAUCCUCAAGACGCUGCGCGACCGUCACCUGGAGCUGCCGGGUCAGCCCCUCAACAACUACCACAUGAAGACACUGGUCUCCUACGAGUGUGAGAAGCACCCGCGCGAGUCGGACUGGGACGAGUCGUGCCUGGGAGACCGGCUCAACGGCAUCUUGUUGCAGCUCAUCUCGUGUCUGCAGUGUCGUCGCUGCCCUCACUACUUCCUCCCCAACCUCGACCUCUUUCAGGGCAAGCCUCACUCGGCGCUGGAGAACGCCGCCAAGCAGACGUGGCGCCUGGCGCGCGAGAUCCUCACCAACCCCAAGAGUUUGGAGAAACUUUAG